ACUUACUGUAAGGAAAUACGUCGUAGUAAAAUGUAAAAAUAUUUUCAGAAUAGAAACAUUAUUGAGCAAGACAUCAUUCUGCAAGAACGAUGUAACAGGGUCGCAAUGAAGAAGUGUUCGAACCCAAAAUGUGGGUUGGAGGUGGAGGCGAAGAUUUGUCCAGAGUGUGGGUGGAAUAUGGUCGACCCUUCCAUCAAUCCCAUCCUGUCUUCUAUGAUUAUCAUUUGUGAUGGAGCGGAUGAAAGAGGCCUAGCAUGUGGGGCUGAGCUUAAGGCAAAGCAAAAGUUCUGCAGUAUUUGUGGAAAAAAGGUUGAUUCAAAGUUGUUUGAAGUUCUAACACCUUGUAAAGAGAAGUGUGGGAAAUGCGGGACAGAGCUUACUUCAGAAGAAAAAUUCUGCCCUGAGUGUGGUUUCAAGAUCCAACCGAUGGCAAAGCAAGUAGCUGAUGCUCAACCAUCUCAAGAAAAUCAAGCAAUUGUUGUUGACAAGUCUGACCCUGUCUGUCUGACAGCAUCCAAUAUUGUGGAAAGCCAGAAUGAUAUCCAGCAGCUACAACCUGCUCCUAAGCAGUCAUCUAUUCCCACAUCACAGCAGACUGAAGGAACAGAUCUAAGUACUGAAGUUAAGUGGCCACCAUCAGAAAUUCUAAAGUCAGCCAAUGAAGUUGAACAUUUAUGCUUUAAAGGUCCUGAUAAGGAACAAACAUUACAAGAUCAGACUUUGGAAAAAGAUAAGCAGCAAGAGCCAGAUACAGAUAGACUAAGUGCAGGAGAUGUUCAAGAAGGUGAGACAUCAAGUCCUGAACCAAAGGAGGACCGUCCUGGACCCCAUGAGAUGACAGGACUUGAAGAGACGCAGACUAACAAACCAGUAGCUGUAGAAAGUCAAAAACAGGUUGACCAUGACAGUCCAGUACCGACAUGUAUCGUUGAAGGUAUUGCAAUGGAUACAUCUAAUCCUCCGGGGGAUAACAGAUUACAUGAUGUCAAUAUAGAUGAUGGAAAUGAUGAAAGGAAACAGAGACCACUCAUGCAGGAUGGCCCAGGUAGUAAAAUUGAUGAAGCAAAUGCAAGGACAAACAUAAACAAUAAAAACUGUGAGUCACCUGACGCUUUCAACGGAGAAGAUUCCGAACCAAAGUCAACUACAUACCAAGAAAAUGCUUUAACUAAAGUUGGCCAUGAAAAAGAUGGACAUGUAACAGUUGAAAGUGAGUUGGAAAAUAAUAUAAAAGGUAUACACAUUACUGUUGAUGAAAAAAUGAAUGAAUCGUCCAAUGGUGAAAUAUUUGAAAACGAUUUAUCAGAUAAUGAUGGCUCUGAAGAUGACUCUGCUGAUUCUGACAGUAGUGAAUCAGUUGCUAAUAUUGAUGACGCAGAUAAGAGGAAAUAUGGAGGAAAGAGAACUAAAAGGAAUCUUAAGGGAGGGGCUAAAGCAAAAAAGGCGAAAAAGAGGGAAAGGAAGAAAGAAAAACACUGUGAAAAACAUAAUUUACCUUUAAUCAAGAAAGAAGAAAAGGCAAUAAAUGACAGACCAACAGAACAUUCUGUGGAGACAAAAUCAUUUUCUCAAGUGGCUGAAGUGGCUGCUAAAGCCCAGCAAAGAACAACUGGGUGUCUAGACAGACAUGACAAUAAAAAUCAGCAAAAUGAGCGUGUUUUUGGACAAGGUAUUCAGGAAGCAAAACAGAGUACAAAUGUUGACACAUUUAAAGUAGAAGACGAUCAUCUAGUGAAGAAAACAGCUAGCUUUUUUGAAAUUCCAACUGUAAAAGAAUCUAAUUCUUUUCAAGAACAAAGCAGCACAGACUCUUUCAUCAAACAAAAUGUGAAUUCUGAACCAGUGAAAUCAGAUCAAUCAACAAAUAAAGGGACAGAUUCGCCUGAAACAAGUGACAAGAAAAACAAAAAUAUUCAGAACCAACAAGCUAGCCAGAAUCAAAAUCCUAAGGAUCGGAUCACAGUUGUUUUCCAUGUUCUGGUAGCAAAAGACUUCUUAAAGAGUAACACAGACAUACUGAUACUAAAGAUGGAUGAUUCGUUAGAAAGAUGGAAAUCUAACAAGCAUCGUCCAACAAAAGUCAGGGAUCUUCAAAAUUACAUUGAGUAUGUAUAUAAACUGGACUUUGACCGCAAUCAACUUAGUAGCAGAGAUACUUUCUACAAAUAUUGUGUAGUUAAACAAGAUGGCAAGCAUAAAUGGGAAGAUUACGAAGAUGGGCAUUUUUAUGGGAAUCACAACAGAAAACUGUUCGUUCAAAAACAGAUGCUUUCGAAGAAAGUUGAAUGGCAUCAGUAUGAUGGAAUGGCACUUCCACCACCUUCCGGUAAUAUUAUGCAAAGAGGAAUUGACCUGGUAAUGGGAAAUUUCAGAAAGGAGGCAACACAAAGGGCCAAACACUUUGCAUUAACCUUUGUUCCAUACUGGUUUCAGCAAGGAUUUGUCAUCAGCGAUAUUAAAGAGUCAUAUCAAACCUCAAUCGAUCACUUGGAAAUGCUAAUAUCUGGAUUAGUAAAGACCUACCAAAAUGAAGCUGGUUGCUGGAAAUAUACACAAGACUGUAGAAAUGAGGUUUGUGAAACAUUAUUUCAACCUAUAAUUGAACAGUUGUGCAGGAGUGAUCAUGGCUCGACCACCUCAAAGAUACUAAGAGCUCUUGCAAUCAUGAUUGCAUGCAACAGGUUGAAAGUUAGUGUUUCUCAUUUGGCAUGGCAAACGCUUUGCAGCAGUGUUUUGGUUUCAGCAGAUCCGUUGACAAGGAAAUGCAAAGAAAUGGAUGUAAUUACAAACAACUUUGACCUGAGUGUAAUUCAGUCAGCGCUUUGUGAUUUUGUAAAGAUGGGUUCCAAAUAUGGCAAAGAUCCAUCAUGGAUGUACUGCUUACCUCUUUUGCACUUCGUUUGCAAAGUAUGUGAACCGUAUGAAGAAAUGAAAAAAGAUUUGACACAUACAGCGCAUGUGCCAAAAUGGUGGGGGAUUGCAGAAAUUGUAACCGCGGCUAGUGAAUUCCAAAAUGCAUCUGGUCAUUGGAUUGUAUCAUUAGAUGUCAUCUUUCAACAUUUGUUUCCACUUUUUGAAAUGGACUUUUAUCUACCAAGAAGUAUAGUUGCAUCAUUGCUACUCAGUGAACUGCCUUUCUUGAUUGACAAUGAAGCUGUGCCCGUAGAAGUGUGCUCUGCGGCAUUGCUGUACUGGAUGAAAAAAAUCUAUGGCAACCAAAAUAUGUUUGGUAAUCUCCUAGAAGAGGAAAAUGUUGGAAAUGAAAAGAUUGUUCUAGUAUGCAUGGAAAAGCUGAUUAAUCGGCUACGAAAUGUGACGAAUCCUGAAAGAGCUAUCGCAAGAUGGGAAAUGUCAUUUUGUAUUACAAAGGAAAUGGUUGACUACAUGGGAUCGAAAAGCAAGAAACUGACACUAGCAUACUCGUUGCAAGCGUUCCUACACACUUUGUGUAUGUACAGUCAAUUUCAAAAGGACACCAAGAAAAUGGAGAGCGUUUUGGAUGCUCUUAGUGCUGUUGGAAACAAAAUCAGAUCCUGGCUUAAAAGAUAUGCCAGUUCAUAUUGGACAACUGGAAUGCUGGAAAAUUUUAAGGUUUGGGAGCUUGCCAUGGCUGAAAACUUAUCUGAUCAAGAAAUUGAAAUAAAAUGGAAUGAAAAAAUAUCUGCUGAAUUGCAAUAUGUAGUUGAAAGAGAGCUGCGCAUGUACGAUGAGCGACAAAGAGAUUUCAUAAAGCUUUACUGUGAAGAAGUUAACAAGUUCAGUACAGCAAUGAAUGGGUGUCUGACCAAAAUAGCAUUAAAGGCUAUAGAAGGAGGAUGCAUGAUAGAUUUCACACGCUUUGGAUUGCAACAGAAACAAAGGUUUAAAGAUCUGAUGUCUGACCUAUAUGAUCGACAAUGGAAAAAGACUGUCACAGAUGGACCAAAGGAAGACAGAGAUAUACGUAUUUUUGAAAUGGUUAUAUCAUGGCCACCUAUUCGUCUAUUCAUUCAGAAUGGCAAUGAGGGUGAUAAGUGUGUACCAUUGUUAUCUGAAAAGUGCCAAAGAAACCUAAUUCUUGCAACAACAAUGGUGGAGAGCCAUUGGGAAGCAUUGACAACAGGACAAAUAGAAAUAGGAAUUCUGAAGAAGAUAAAUCAACAUGCGACAGGAUUUUCAGAAACUUUAUCACUCAUCUGUCAAAAGGAAAAAUGUUUGAACGAAAAAAGUUUGACUACAAUCAAGAUACGAAUGCUUGAACUUGAAGCGUUCAAUAACCAGAGUAGACAAAUGGCAGUCUUUGUCAGUCAUUGUCAGCCUUUGAAAUCAGUUGAUACCAGCGCCAUUGAUGAAGUUUUGCAUAAAACUUCAAAGCUGGAAAACCAUUCCUUGAUAGAAUUCUGUAAACCAAAGGCAGUUGAAAACUUCAAUGAAACCAUUGAACCAGAUCUUCGAGCAUUCGAUGUUGAACCAGAAAUUUUGGAUAUUCUGCCUACACUUGAACGAUUGGCUCAGGGGGUUGUGUUCAAAAAGAUAUGGAGAGAAGUAUGUUCGGUUAAAACAGAGGGUUGUGUUACUCCUUUUGAUGUUGUAAAUAUGGUAUGGAAACCUGCUUUUGAAAGAUGGAACAUAUUUCGCGAACUCCUGCAGACAGGAGAGUUGAUGUUUGAAGAUGCGGAUAAAAGGUUUAGGAGUUUCAAAGGUGAGGAUGAAAAACUUCUGCAGGAAAUGCUGGACUUGGAGUUGCCUAGAGCAACAGCUGAUGAAAGGAUCAAACAAAUAAAGCAGAACAGGCAGCUGUCUGAUUGUGUGGAAGGAGCAACGGUCAUUUUGCACUUUCAGCAUCAGUACAAACUACAGGGGGAUUUUCAGGCUAUCGAGACUAUUGUCACACAUUCUGAACGGAACUUCAAACUUCGAGAUUUCAACGAGAGUUUAAUGAAAACCUGCGAAAUCUUAAAGCAUAUCACGAAAGAGAAAUCCAAUUGCCUAGACGCUUUUGUAAACUCUGCUAAUCUGGUUAAAUGGCUGAAGGAAUCCAUGCGUGAAUCUGGACAAAAGGAAUUGAAAGUGUUUGUUGACCUUGCAAUGAUGUCCGCGGGGGAGGAACCAAUGAACAUUGCCAAAGUGCAGUGCCUUCACUCAGCUGUCCUUGGAUACUCCCCUCUCAUAUUUGAUUUGGAUGAGACGACUUGUAACCAUAAAAGUCUUUUGGACAAGUGUAAUGUAGUCUGGAAGGAACUGGCUGCAAAUCCAAAUUUGCCAGAACAGUUGCUUGACACCAACCGUGAGCUAGAAUGGCUGAAGGAAAUCAAGAAAGCGCACGGUUCAGUCGAGGUGACAUCUCUCAUGCAAGCUGAAGCCAUCAACACAGAUGGAAUAUACACUGUUGGGAAAGAAGCAUGGAAAGGCUCAGAGCUGUCCGACAUGAUGAUUAAAGAUAUAAUAAAGCUCACAGUGCCUGGAAAAGAUGGCCAGCGUCAACAGAAGCAUUAUACAUUUGACCAGCUCCAGGAUUUACAGAGUCGCCUGAUGCUUGUUGUUGGCAAAUCUGACUCAUCAUUCGUCAAAUCAACGGACAAAAAGAGUGAAGUGAAUGUGGACAGGUUUACAAUGAUCUUUGACAGCAUAACACGUUUGGGCUCUGUUUAUCUGAAACUGUGCUCAUCUGGAUGUGUACUGUUCAACGGCUGGAAUGCAAACUUCCUCUGUUCCUUGGAACAAAAAAGACUUGUGUGUGCAAAACUGGAAUUCGGGAAGGGAGAAGAUAUUCCGAUACUGAGAGGUCGGAAGUCUGAUACGGAAGGGCUGGAAGAUAUGGUUCCCAAGAUUGCUGACUUUAUGGAGAACUGUUAUCGUGAAUGGCUGGACUUCAUAAAAGAGAAGAGGAAAAUUUAUCUUUACCUGAACUUCUUCACAAUAGAUCAGCUUGUGAUACUGCAACGAGAGCUUGUAAAAACGGGGACAGACGUCGAACCAUCACUCAGAAUUUACCACCUAUUAUCCGCUGUGAAAGAAAACUGCAUGCAAGAAGAUGUAGUACUAGCCAUGGAGAAAGCCAAAAGGGAAUUAUCUGUGAUGGAAGAUGAACCUGAAGAGACCUCUGUUGAAAUGGAUAAUGAAGAAGUUAUACGUGACAAAGCGGAGGAGAAGAUUGCUAGAUUCAUUCAUGAGUUGGUGAAGGCUGGGUAUGAUGAAACAUUAGCCAGUAAAUCUGUUGAUCAUGUGAAACAGGAAGACAUUGACGAGUGUGAUGUAACUGAAGCCAUGAUUUGGUGCAUGGACCAGUUAGAAGAAGACAUUGAAGAUGCUGAGAUGAAUAAAGACGAUGUUGAAGACACAGUAGAUAUUGGUCCUAAGUUUUCUGGAUGGAGCAAAUCCACAACAUCAAUCAGCUCACUGAUCAAGCAAUCUGUGACAAGUGUCGAACACAAAGGGAAUAUUGGUGUGAAACCACUGAUAAAUGAUCUCAAAAAAUUGUGGAAAAACUUCCUUUGCUCGAUUUCAUCGAACAUCAGUGAUUAUUUAAGCCUGGAACAUAUGGGAAUCAUUCUCAACAUGCUUGCCGAGACAGAUGAGCGAAACAUCAGGAGAAACAUGCAGCAACUAUAUAUGGAAGAGGAGCCUAACCUUGUAGUUUGUCCAAGUGAUGAAGUUCUUAGUGUCGCACUGUCAAUCUACAUGUACGAUCCUGACCAACCCCUGCCGCAGUCUGAUGAAGUCCUCGUGUGUACUGCAGACACGACUGCCGAUGAGGUAAGCAUAUUUUGGCGACGGGCGAUAUAUGGCAGCUCUGGUAAAAUUCACUGCCUCCUCCACGCAGAUAUGCUGGAUUUUGAUGUCAGCGAGGCAGCGGAACAGUGCCUGGAAGAGUUACUUUUGGACAUUAGGCACUCUGAUGGUAUCAAGUACCGCUUGUUCGUGAUAUGUGGAUCAGACAACGAAUAUCGCUCAACGAUUGUGUCAUCUUUGGAGAAGUAUCUGCGGCAUGUUGGUCCUGUCAAUGGACGCCAAUUGAAGGAAUAUGUGACUCGUCAUCUGGAGGCUCCUAGAUUCCAUGGCAAACCCUGUGCAGCCAUGGUUGAUUUUAAAAGAUCAACAGUGCGUGUUAUAAAAUCAACCAGAGCCGGGGUUGGUAAAACAUUGUUUGUGCACCGAAAAGAUGAGGCAGUGCAAGCGCAGAUACAUCGUAAAAACAAGUCAGUGGACACACAAAAAGUGUCAAUUCCUCUGCAAGAGAAAGUGAUAAACUUGCAUAGUUUCAUACAGAGACUUCUGGAACACACGCCAGACCCACAGAAACAGUCCGCACGAAUAUUCCAUCUUAAUAUUAACCAUGAGGUCCAGGAAGGUGUGGACUACAUGUUGUUCAACUUGCUGAUACUCAACUGUUUGGUCGACAAAUCCGGAUACGUCUGGCGGAGAUCCGUGCAUGAUUUGUAUCUCAUAGAAGCAAUGCCGAUUAUGUUUGAAGCAAAGGAUGCAAAUGAUGAGGCACACUUCGUACAUCCGACGUUUGCAUUAUUUCCGGAUUCAACCUGUCGCUCACCUGAUGAAAGCCUGAAAAUAUAUUCUGACAGAAGUUCUGUCAAAGGUUUUGUGUCAACUGACCAACUUUUCGAUGAACAGCAGUUCCGGAGUCCUGUAUUCCAGCGAACGUUCCAGUACCUGUUGAGGCUAGAUCAGCAGCAGACACUGGAUUCUGUCAAACCACUCGAGCCAGAAGGCGAUCCCAAAACAUGCCUUGAUGUUCUGCUUAGGCAUUGUGGCGUACGGGACCCUUCCUGGUCUGAGUUGCACCACUUUGUCUGGUUCCUCAACACCCAGCUGGUAGACUUUGAACAAAACCAGUUUGUAUCUGUGGCUGCAGCUGAGGACCUUCCUGGAUUUGCAACGUUUGUCUUGAGGUUUCUGAUUCAGAUGUCUCGGGACUUCUCCACACGCUCAUUGAACAUGAGUGAAGAGUCCCCAGGAAUGAUUCAUCAAGGCGCCAUGGAAACUGAGGAUGAAGAUCAGCUAGAGCUAUAUCAAAUGCGUCGUACAUGGGAGUCUAGCCCUCAUCCAUACUUGUUCUUCAAUUCGGACCGUUUCACUUUCACGUUCCUUGGGUUCUAUAUUGACCGGAACACUGGCAAUCUUGUUGACCAACAAACCAACCGCGUACUGGAGGAGGGGAUCAUGGCCCAGAAUCUUUAUGAUUCCUUGGUCCGGAAUCAAGCACCAGUUAGGGAAGACUUUGAUGCAUUGCCCAGAGACCAGAAAAUCAUGAAACUAUGCAGCAUUAUGGGCGUAGAAUUUCCGCAUGACCCGGAUUCCACGUACGAACUUACAACAGAUAAUGUGAAAAAGAUCAUGGCAAUCUAUAUGAGGUUCAGAUGUGACAUCCCUGUGAUUAUCAUGGGUGAGACAGGUUGUGGGAAAACACGCCUCAUCAAGUUCAUGUGUAAACUACAGUCACCGCCCGGUGUUGAUGUCAAGAACAUGAUACUUAUGAAGGUGCAUGGAGGAACAACAAAUGAAGAUAUCAAACGAAAAGUGAACGAGGCGGAGAUCGCUGCAAGGGUGAAUAUUGAAAAAUAUGGCCGCCAUAUGUAUACUGUCAUGUUCUUUGACGAGGCUAACACAACGGAAGCUAUCGGACUUAUUAAGGAAAUCAUGUGUGACAAAUCGAUUGCUGGAAAGCGUCUGACUCUAUGUGAAAAUUUGAAAAUUGUGGCUGCAUGCAAUCCUUACAGAAAACAUUCCGAUGAAUUGAUAAAAAAGUUGGAGCAAGCCGGCCUUGGAUAUCAUGUUGAUGCAGAUGAGACGACUGACAGACUAGGGCGUGUACCGAUGAGGAGACUGGUGUAUCGUGUGCAACCACUCCCACAAAGUUUACUGCCCCUUGUCUGGGACUUUGGACAACUCAACACACAGGUCGAGGAAUUGUACAUCAGGCAGAUGGUUCGGAGAUAUAUAAAUGAUGACAGACUUCCAAACAUCCCAAAUUUGAUCGAAGUGGUCAGUCGCAUUCUGACAGUGUCUCAAGACUAUAUGAGGGCGCAAAGGGAUGAGUGCAGUUUUGUGUCGCUGCGGGACGUAGAGAGAGUAUUGACAGUGAUGGCGUGGUUCUAUGAUCAGGGUGAAGAUGGAGACUGGCUGUUUGAAGAAAUGGACAGAAAGAUGGGACUUGAUAACAUCACGAGAGCUCUCAUCCUGGCCCUUGGUGUGUGUUACCAUGCCUGCUUGAAGACGAGACAAGAGUACAGAGAGGCUGUUGCGGGGCAUUUUCGCCAACCUUGCAGUCUCCAGGGCGGAGAAGCUAAGAUUUUGGAGGAAAUUGAACGAUGCCAAGAGAUCUUUUUGGACAAUGUGACUUUGGAGGACAACAUUGCACGAAAUACUGCUCUGAAGGAGAAUGUCUUCAUGAUGGUUGUUUGUAUUGAACUCAGAAUUCCUCUGUUUCUUGUUGGGAAACCUGGAAGCUCAAAGUCGCUGGCAAAGACAAUAGUCUCAGAUGCCAUGCAAGGGAACAGCGCCAAGCAUGAAUUGUUCAGAGAGCUUAAGCAGGUUCAGAUGGUAUCGUUCCAAUGUAGCCCUUUGUCGACCCCAGAUGGCAUUGUAGGAACUUUCCGACAGUGCGCACAGUUCCAGAAGGACAAGGAUCUGCAAACAUUUGUGUCAACCGUCGUAUUAGACGAGGUUGGGCUGGCGGAGGAUAGCCCAAGAAUGCCACUGAAGACACUCCACCCACUUCUUGAAGAUGGUUGCCAGGGAGAUGAGAAACCAGAACCAUAUAAGAAGGUUGCCUUCAUUGGGAUAUCUAACUGGGCAUUAGACCCAGCCAAAAUGAACCGAGGAAUUCUCGUCCAACGAGAGGUCCCAGACCUGGAGGAACUCCAGAACAGUGCUCGUGGUAUUUGUGGGAGAUCUGAAGAAGACCUAGAACAUUUGAUGGAGCCUUUGAUAGAGCCUUUGUCGAUAUCUUACCUUGACGUGUUUGCACAGGCGACAGAGCAAAUGAGAGAGUUCUUCGGAUUAAGGGACUUUUAUAGCUUGGUAAAAAUGGUGUACAGCUUUGUAGAGACUUCUCACCAGCCACCAACAUGGUAUGAAAUGCUGCAUGCUGUACGACGCAAUUUUGGUGGAUUGGACCGUGUACACCCAGAGGAAAUCUUCAGGCAUAAUUUGCCACAAGAGAUUACACGCACUACGGGGAUACACAGAACGAGAGACCCCGACUGUUCACCUUAUGGUCUUAUUCAGGCCUGUUUAUUUGACACAUACAAAACUGGAAGUGAAAGUCGAUACAUGCUUCUCCUGACGGAAAACUUUGGAGCGCUGUCUAUCAUCCAGCAGCUCCUUCAAACUAAGGGCAAUGAGAUACGACCAAUUACAAUCUUUGGGAGCAGCUUCAGGAGUGAUCAGGAAUAUACACAGGUGUGCAGGAACAUCAACAAGAUUAAGGUUUGCAUGGAAACGGGGAACACCGUCGUUCUGCUCAACCUGGACAACCUAUACGAGAGUUUGUAUGAUGCCCUCAACCAGUACUACGUCUACUUCGGCGGUGAGAGAUACGUCGACCUUGGACUUGGGACACACAGAGUAAAGUGUCCUGUUCAUAAAAAAUUCAGGUUGAUCGUUGUAGCAGAAAAACAGACAGUGUACAAAAAAUUCCCAAUCCCGCUAAUAAACCGCCUGGAAAAGCAUUUCCUUACCGUGAACACCAUUCUGAAUGACAAACAGCAACAGCUUGUUUUAGAGCUGGAAGAAUGGGCAAACGACUUCGCCAGUCAGAAUGAUGGCAUUAGUUUUAGUCAAAGUAACACCAAGCGUGAAAUGAAAGUAGAAGACGUUUUCAUUGGCUUCCACAAGGAUACAUGUUCAGCUAUUAUAUUGGAUGUUUCACAAAAAUACCCAGAAAAACAAGAGAGUGAGCUUUUAGAAGCCGGUAAACUGCUGCUACUUUGGUGUGCAACUCCGGAGAGUGUAGUCCGAAGUAACAAAUUAGACGAAUGUCAACAACAGAGGUUUCAGACGUACUACCAUGAACAAGAAGCACACGGGAGCCUGAUUUCCUACCUGCAAAUGAAGCUGAAGCAAGAGAAAGUUGAACAAAUAUUUGCACAGGUGACAACUCACAACAAGCUGCUGGCAUCAGUUCAUAAACAAGAUAUCAGCUUAAAACUUGGGAUACAUGUUGACAGAAUAUUCCUUCUUGAUACUUUGUCCUCCUUUGAUACAGAGCAACAGUUUACAAACAGAGUUCAGCAGCACUUGCAGACAGCUGGAACUGGCGAGAGUUUGAUGUUGAUUCAAUGUGAUUCCGGUGAUAUUAAUGCAAACCUGAUCGCUUGUGCCCGUUACAUUGUAAUGGAUGAAUACGAAAAGGCACGGGAAGAUAUACGAGGUCAAGUGCAUGCCAUCUUCAUUGUACAGUUACCUCGAAAGGCAGGUGGAUGCUUCACCGGAUUUCAGUGUGGCUCCUGGCAUUCAGCACACAUAGAUGAUUUAUUCCCGGAGAGUACCCAAAUGCCGGAUAUCAAAGACCUGCAGGGGAAAACUGUCAGUGGCAUCUUCCACAGCGUGGUCAGGAAACGUAGUCAACCUAGUGACAUAAAUGAAGAGCAAGGAGAAGAAAUGGAUUGGAAUGAAAAUGGGACAACUGGCACUCAACAGAACAAUCUAGAUACGCGUACUGGUGAUGGGGCAAAUGAAGGAGUGGAUGUGAUGGACAUAGAUGCGGAAAUUAACACAAAAAUUCUGGCAGUGCCAAAAGACCUAGCUGAACAUCAAAGACAAGCAAUGUUAAAGCUUGAUGGGCUGAUCAUGCAGUGUGUUCAGACGGCUCUGGCGAUGGUCAAAGACAAGGAGGGCUACACGCACAGAGAAACACAGAGAGUUGAUAUCAUUUUGAAAUGUUUAAGACGUGUCAAAAAUUCAGAACAGGUUGCAGGGACAGACACUUUUUUAACAGGACUUCAAAGACUGAUUGGCAAAUUUCUGAAGGAAAAAGAGGAAAAGACGGGAGAGUAUAUAGCUCAAUUUUGGAUGACUCGCGAGGCUGCAGCAGCCGAAAACGUCAACAAGGCUGGCACAUUUAGGCGGUCCUGUCUUCAGACGAUCAUUUCUAAAGUGUCACCGAUCCUGGCUGGAAUUAUUGCGUACCUUGAUACCAACAGGAAUCUUGACCUUAUACAAAGUGAUGUUGCAUGGAAACAAAUGUUGUGGACGUCAUUUCUAAAUACUGAGGGAGCAAUACAACUACAGUACUCAGAUCUCCAAUCUCCAAAGAGACGCAGUGACCUUGGUGAGAUGCUUGUCAUGACGACCGGUCGUGAAGGUCACAUGUUCUCCGCCUGUCUGCCCUUCUCCUGGACGAUGAUCCAGAUGAUUGCGGAUAUUCUGCAUGGCAUUUUACCCUCUGAUGAAGAAUUUGAGGAUGAAGCAAGCCGAAUAGUGCAUGAACAAGAUAAGAAAGUAGUAUUAUGUGCGAAGAUUGUUGCUUCAAUGCCGAUAGGAAAGAUACUUAAUCAACUGGUGGAUGGUAUCCAAGUAGCAAGUGUAGAACAAAAGCAUGCCAUUGUUUUUGAAAUCGUUGAAGAGUACAUUCAGGACUUCGUGCAUACGAUGUAUUAUCCCGGACGAGAAGAUGAAUUCAAACUUGUGUGUCAGACAGUGCAAAACAAAACAAUGGAAAUUUGUGGGGGUACAAAUUCUAUAGGUUGCCUGAUUGAAAAUCUGGCAUGUGUACACAUUGCAUACGAGACUCUCGCAUUGAGACUUUCCUACUUUAGAAGCAUGAACGGAGUUUGGCCACAAUGUAGCUCGGCCAUACUUGAGGUCAAGAAAAACAACCCGGAUCAUUUUAUGUUCAAGGAACGAGAGAUUACCUGCUCUGCCUUGUGUCUGUUGAUUGAGAAUUUGAAUCCCAAACCUCAAGAAUUAAACGAAGAAGUACAGAGAGGGAAGUGGCUUCAUAAAGUCCAUUUGUAUAGACCUGUGGUUGAGAAAGUGCUAAAUCUUCAUUUUGAAGACCCGGCUCUGUAUGGAAUCGAUAGUACACCAUCAGUACGGAGAGCCAAAUCAACCUGGGGUCGUGUGGUCGUAAUGAAGCUUUUCAUUGAGCAUGUGUGCAAAAAGGAAGGAAGAGAAGCAAUCCCCAUCAAAUAUUGUAUGCCACUUUGGAAGAUAUUGGGCGAAGAAGUUGACAUGAAAGAACAAAAGUCGUUUGAAGGUGUUGAGAAAUUUUUAAAAGCGUGCAACCAAAAUGCACUAAAGACAUUCAAUGGAACGGAGAUUAAAUGCUGUAGCUGUGAACAGAAGCUAGAAGGCCCGCCAGUCACCUUACCUUGCAAGAACAAAGAUGUGCUUUGUGAUGCCUGUCUUCGUGAAAUAAAUGCUCUCGACCAGAAUGUGUGCCCAAAAUGUCAUGAAAAUCUAGGUACAAAGUGGCAACCAUUAUAUAUGGAAGAGAAAAGCAAGGAAAGAGAGCAGCUCAUCCAAUACCAGAAGAGGUGUAACGCCUUCGUCAUGGACGUUGUCUCUCAACUCUGUUUCUCUGAAGGACAACCACCAUCAAGGAGUGUGUUGGAGAAGUUGCUUGGUUACGUCACCUGCUCGACAAGACAUAACGGCCUGCGAUUUACAAAGAAUAUGACUCUUUUUGAAACUGGACUGGACCCUAACCCAGUCUUUAGAUCCUUCCUUCUACAGUUGAUGCUGAAAUCUAGUGAAGAGGAAUUUGUAAAAGAAAGCCUGAACGGAUACAUGGAGCAUGCUAAAAGUUUUUUUAGAGAAGAACCAACGCAACAACAGGACCUAAUAGACCUUAGUCUACUUAUCGUUCAGUGUUUAGAGGAUACAAUGCUUCAACAAUGGCACAGACAACACAUGAAUAGUUGGUCUUAUAUCAUCCGCCUUCUAGAAACUGCUGGAGUUGACAAUCAACUGACGAUCGAGAAACUGUAUAGUAUCGCAAGCACACGUGUUGGCCUUUCACAAGCUGCAAGAGUGAUUGCCGACAUUGUGAAUGCAGGAACCGAGGUUCAGACACCUACCACUGAACAGCGAAGUGUUAUUGCCUCUGCAAAACGACUCUGCAUAGAUUCUCAGUUGAAAUGGCCAAAAAUAUUCCUAGUAAAGCACCUGUGUCGCUGCUACGGUAUUGACGUUUACCAAUCCCUGUGUCGACAUCCUACCACGCUGCUGAGGUGGAUUGUGAUUGAGGAGUUGGAAAGAGAUCAGACACAAGAGGUGUCAGACCGCUAUGUUGUGUGUGGUGAUGGUUAUGUAAAGAUCAGGGAGGCACUGUCACAAGUUAUGCUGGGAGAGGACAUCAGCACACUGGAAGAUCAACUACAGGAGGUCCGCACAUCAGGAGGUCCUGUCGAUACAUGUCUACAGCUAGCUGUGCAUAGAGAGAUAACCUGCUCAUAUGUCCGUUCAGUAGAAAAAAGAACGACCACACCAGAGUCACUCCAAAUGAUAACAACGUUUCUCGAAGAAACGCAAAAUCGCCGAAAUAAGCCAUUAUUGCGCCUCAUGAUGAACAACUCACUAGAACCAAGAUACUUGGUGACAGCUCAGGGGUCUGAUACAAGACGACAAGGCGUUCAAUGCUUGAUCAUGCAUUUUAUGACGGUGUUGUCACAACUCAAUGGAGGCAGAACCCUUCUCCAUCUAUUUCUUGCAAUGAUUCGAGGGGAUCAGGCUAUACGGGGUAUGUUUUUGCCGACAAUGCCACAAGAUGAUUUUGCUGAAAUCCAGGAAGCUAUGCUGGCCAAUCGUGGAGAUGAAAAUCCAGUCUUCUACCGCUGUCCAAAUGGACACGCGUAUGUGAUUGGAAAUUGCGGGAGACCUGCUGUUGUUGGAAAGUGUAAAGAGUGUGGGGCGGAUAUCGGUGGUCAUGGUUACCAGGCUAUGCCGGGAAAUGUUUUGCACACUGGUGGAGACUAUACUAUUCGUGGCCACAUUUUGGGCCGGGCGGUGCCGAAUGCGCCUCUACGACCGGAGAGGGAGCUGUCAGCUCUACACUGCUGUGUAAUCCGAUUACUCCUACACAUGUCCAUGUUCCUUGGGCCUUCUCAACAGAUGGUUCCGAUGGUUCGCCCGAACAUAGAGGAAGGCAAUAUCCGAGAAUUCUUCUUAGAGCACAUUGAAAACAACAUCGUCGACCUACAGAGGGGUCUUGGCCGGAGUGUAGAUGACGUCCUAUUGCUUAUGCACUGUGUCAUCCAGAAUAUAAUGGUCAAACAUAAUGAAGGAGGUGCUGUUCGCGGCGACAUCGCUCACCUUCAAACCAAACAAGGAAGACAAGCAUGGGAACAAAAGUUCUCUUUGAUAUUCUUGCAGGAUGUUUUUCAGAGACUUGACCACCACCUAAAACAUUUCAACCAAGUAAUUGCUACUGAUCAGAGACUAGGUGCCAAUCCCCUGAUGUGCAUUCUAUAUGAGACGGAAACACAGCAACAGGCCGAGGAUCCCAGGCAGCUGGAGGACAUUCCCCGUGUAUGGCGAUACAGAACGCCAAUAUCCAUAGAGCAUAUGAGACAAGACCUUGAAACUAGGAGUUCGUCAGGAAAGGACAGACUUCCAGUGCUAAGAAUGUUCUUGAAACAGGACCACAUUCUACAGGCCUUACAAUUCAUUCCAAGUAUUCUAUGUCUGCAAAGGAUAUUGCUACAGAAAUUCCAAAAGAAAUUAGACAAAGCCGAAGCCAACACAAUUGUAGUCAAAGACAUGAUAAAAGAGCAACAUGCUGGCCCGGACACUGAGAAAUUGUUGCACGACUUUGCUGAAGCUUGGAAUAUAACGCGCAAACUACUUGAACUCUAUGUCUGUACAACAGAAUAUGGAAGUAUUGUGGUUCCAAAGCAUCAGUGUGUUGAGCCAGUUUCCAUGGAAACGCCUCUGUCUAUUUUCCUCCCAGCAAGCGCUGAAAAUGGACUUCGCUCAUAUGCAAUGCUAGAUUUGUUAUUCAGAAAACAGAAUGAAUUUUUGGACAGAUAUUUAAAAGAAUCUGGGAGGAGGAGCAACUCAAUCCAGACAGUGGCCCCGAUGGAGGUAACGUCGGCCCACCUGAUCAGCUACAACCACGAGCAGGAUAUCCUACCCCUCGUUCUAGCCAACUGCCAGUACACUUUUGAGAUGGGUAAGGGUACAAAGAUAGAGUACGACUUUGCUGGGCUCGAACGCCAGAUCAUGGACAGGUUCCUCUUCUCAAAGUCCAGAAUAGACAUUGGAUAUUACUUGCAGAUUGACCAAAUGGUUUAUCGGACAGAGUUUACAAAUGCUGCAGUAUUUGAAAAAUUGGAAGAAAAAAUUCCACAGCAAACCUUGGGAUUAACUGUAAAGACACAGAUAAGCGAAGAGAUAAAGAGACUACCAGACCUGUGCCGAUUUCUGGACGACCUUGACAUAGCCAUCAGUUUUCUCAAAACUGCAGGUGGACAGCAAUCUGACAGCUUAAACACCUUUAUGGUUAAGACACUGCAGAUGGAACAUGCAAUGAUAAGUCAGAAGGCUCGACAGUCAUGUGAGUUCCAGCAUGCCAGGUCUCUGUGGUUACUGCUGUCAUACUUGAAGUCCAAAUUUAUGGUCGAAUAUUCCACGUCAAAACAGGAAGUGUUUGAGACUCUGCUGGAGCAGUACCAUGAAGAGCUGUCCGAAGAGCUGAAGAAAUCAUUCGGAGUCUACAUGAAAACUCUGAGUGUUGAUAAGCUUUCUGGCAUUUUAGAAAUAUUGCACGAAUUCAUGCUCCUACGGAUUGCCAGACGUGAAAACACCAGUGACGAGGAUUACAUUGACAAUACUGAGAACAGGCUUGGUGAACAGCUCUUAACCUAUGUAGAAUUAAUGGAAUCUCCAUGCCUAGACACGGCAGUUUUGGUGGAAUUCCCACAGGAAAUACACUUCAAACACAGCGUGUGUACAUGGAUUAUGGGAUAUACGACGCUUCAAAAGAAAAUGGGACAAAGGCGACACUGAUAAAGAUAUUGUAAUCGAGGUGCAGAUGGAACAUUAUAGAUCAAAGACAAACUUGUGUGUGCCUUGUAUGACCCUUGUGAUUAAAUGACAACCACAGUUAGUGGAAUCAACUUUGCGAAAUGUUACAUAUUUAUUGUUUUUGUAUACAAGAUGUCGAGAUAGUUAUGUAUAAUGUAUAAUGUACAUGCCAUGAUAAAGUUUAACAAUAUGAUUUUCUUUAAGACAGUUGCAGAAAUUGAUAGUUCCAACUUACUACAUGUUUUGUGUUUUUUUUGUAUUUCUAUAAAAUCUUUUAAUCUGUUAGUACAUGGUUCUUUAUUUCGCGUGUUUAAUGGUUUCAGUUAUUGUUUUUGUAUCAUUAAACAUUGUUGCUUAUUGGAAGGAUUUAGUUAUUGCUUGUGUUAUUAAGAUGUCGGUGUAUUUUCAUUCCUUUUUUCAGCAAAAAACAGAAAUCCAUAGCUAUGAAGUUUGCUUAGUAGCAUUGUUUUGAAGUAUAUUUAAUAGUAGCCUUUU